AUGCCGGACUCAAGUGCAGCUUGGGUAAGACGGCUGGACAAAGACGACGAAGUGUUAGGACUCGACCGCCCACAGUUGGUUUACAAGGGAUUAUCCACCAGCAAAAACGAGUUCCGCCUGUUGCAGAUUGAGCCGGCUGAAAACUCCGGCGACCCAAUAAUUGGUAGACUCUUCAAGGCAUCGCUUGAUCAUUUUCCACCAUACGACGCGGUGUCAUAUCGGUGGGAACGAACGAAGAAGUCUCACACUAUCAUCAUCAACGGAACCAAAUUUCCAGUGAUGGAAAAUGUGUUCUGCUUCUUGUCGGAGUUUCGACAGCAAUCAUUUCCGGCCUCUCCCACCUUCUGGAUCGACAGCGUCUGCAUCAACCAAGAUUCCACGUGGGAUCGAAACAACCAAGUGCAAUUGAUGGGAAAAGUUUACUCGAAAGCCAGCGCCGUCAGAGUAUGGAUCGGAACAGAUUCUGACAAUGCAGAAGCGGCGUUCAAUCUGAUUCAUCGAUGUGGACGAGCCGACGGUGUGCCGGACAAGGAUAUUGUAGCAAAUGUUGUGCGCAACGAAGUCGGCACAAAGGCGAUCACAAAAUUACUCCAACGAGAGUAUUGGAAUCGUAUGUGGGUUUUCCAAGAGAUAGUCUUGGCCAGCAGGGCAGUCGUCCACUGUGGAACACUACAAGCCCCAUGGUCGAAUUUCAGAUGGCUUGACAACGUCUCGUCGAAACAUACACUGUGGCUCGAACACCAAAUUAAAUACCAAUGGAUCUUCGAGUUUCGUAAGGCCAUGUUCAGAAUUGCCCAUUUUUGUAUCACUGUGGACCAGGCCACCCAUAUCAACAACGUCCUGCACCCAACAAGGCAUCUACAAUGCCAAGAUCCCAGAGACAAGCUAUUCGCAUUACUAGGUGUUUGCAAAGCUUUGGAUUGGAUUGUGAAUCCUGAUUACUCUGCUUCAGUGCGGGAUGUGUUCACCGCCUUUGCGCAAAGCCAGAUGAUAGAAGAUGGUAACCUGUCUGCGGUGCUUACAGCUGGGCAAUGGAGCCCACUGAAUGGGGGCGACAUCAAGCUUCCCUCAUGGGUCCCUGAUCUUCGCGGCAUGGGCGGCGUUGAUAUUCGCUAUUUGGCAGGCAGUUACGUGGAUGCUUUUGACGCUGAUGGGAGCGCUCCCACGCAGCAUGGGUUCACUCUCAAGCAGGAUGAUUUCCUCGAGCAGGACGGGAACAACAUCGUCAAUGUUAACGCAAUACUCUUCGAUACCAUCCAAACCUGCAGGCCACUCCAUGGAAUCGCCCAGUCAGACCCUGAUCGCAAAGAAUUGAUCAUGACUGUCUGCUCGUUGACCGAUGACGGCAUGUUCUCAAUGCUGAGGCUUCGAGAACUUUUCGAAGGUCUCACAUUCGCCGACAAGACCACCCUGGUCUAUAAACGUUCUACAGAGUGGCGCAUUCAAGAGAGAACGAGGAGGCUGGCGCUUGGCUUUUACCAAGACCUUUGCGAGCUUUUUGGUCCCAGUCCCAUCUUUGUUAGCCUUCUAGAGUCUUUCGAACAAAUUACUUCGGCUCUUGGUCUCUAUAAAUCGGUACCGGAAAUGGUCCGAGGCUGUGGCCUGGAGCAGAUGUGUCUGAACAAGAUGGAGUAUCUAAGCAGAGCAGCAGAAACGACCGAUCGUCAGUCGACAGCUAUUUUCACCACUAUUGGAGGGCGCUUAGGAAUCGGGCCUCGCUGCGUGCAACAAGAAGAUCUUGUUGCUAUUGUGCGAGGUUGCCGAGUACCGUUGGCUCUGCGGCAACACAUGGCUUAUUACAGGCUGGUCGGCCCAGCUUACGUUUCAGGAAUAAUGCAGGGUGAAGCUCUGGGUUCUUAUGACGAGCAUGGCAAUCAUAGGAGCUUUGAGGCAAUACAGCUUGUGUAG